AUGUUAACUCAACCAUUCGACUACUUACGUUUCAUUUUCAUCAUUCUGUUGGCUGGAGAUUUACCGGUCCUCUUUGGUCGGCAAGUAUUUCUGAGAGGCGAUAUAAUACUUGGAGGCCUCUUCCCCGUGCAUGAAGCAGGUCUCAACGGUUCUGAGUGUGGCGUUUUGAAAGCAGCACAAGGUGUACAACGUCUCCAAGCAAUGAUCUAUGCACUUGAUUUGGUUAACAAUGAUGAGACAAUUUUGCCGGGCAUUGUGCUUGGAGCACAAAUUCUUGACACAUGCUCAGUUGAUUCGUAUGCACUGGAACAGACGUUGGUGUUCAUCAAGACGAUAAUGUCGCAAACAGACGAAAUUUACUGCUCCGAUGGUUCCAAACCUAUCUAUCAACAUCAUCCAGUUGCAGCCGUUAUUGGUGCUGCCAGUAGUCAAGUUUCUGUUAUGGUGGCAUCUAUGCUGCAACUAUUUAAAGUUCCUCAAAUAAGUUAUUCUUCAACAGGCACUGAGCUUAGCGAGAAACCAAGAUUUGCUUAUUUUUCACGUGUGGUGCCGCCAGAUAAUUUACAAGCCACUGCUAUGGCGCAUGUGGUCUCGGCAUUAGGCUGGACUUAUGUUCAUGCGAUCGCUAUAACUGGCUCUUACGGAGAACGAGGGAUCGAUUCUUUUCGUGCUGCAGCUGCUGAGCUUGGCGUAUGUAUUGAUGGUGACGUCCAUAAAAUUAAUCGACGAUGGACAGAUAUUCAGUUCAAAGAGCUUUUCUUUAAAAUGAAAUAUACAAAGAAAGCGCGCGGCGUUGUAAUGUUUGUUGAUGAGGACCAAUUAAGGCGGAUGCUCUCAAGUUUAGAUGAUAUCAGGCGCGAGGAUUCAACUUUUGAUAAUUAUUUUUGGUGGAUUGCCAGUGAUUCUUGGGGAAUCAAACAAUCUGUUAUAACUGGAUAUGAAACAAUGAUCAGCGGAGCAGUAACAAUCUCACCUGAUCUUAAAGUUGUGCCAG